AUGGCUUUGCCAGGGAAUAGUCUGGUAGAGCAGAUGUCGCAGCUAGACGCAGCCCGGAAUCUCGUUCUCGGCGACGCAGCUCUCUAUCCUCAGAUCGUUCAUGGCAUAUUACCUAUAAUUGGCGUCAAUUCGCGGUUGGAACUACGAAGAUGGGGCGCCGAGUUCCUCACAGAGACGUUUUCAAGCCCGGCUUUCCCUCAGCAACCAAAGCAGAAAUUAGCUACUGAAAUCCUCGGAGCGAUCAACGAUUUGUUGAAUACGCCUGAGGAUGAUGAGACGGUUGUCCGUGGUGCUAUCAUGACGGCUGCAAGCAUCUAUGUUCUUAUAUUUAGACAAGUUGUGAGCGAUGCCAGCCAGACCUCCCUAUGGCAAACGAUGACAACCAUAAAACAUACUAUUCUGAAGAAGUGGGACGCGUCUUCGCACGGUGUUAAGAUAUGCUGUAUCAAGUUUGCGCAGAAGGUUGUCCAGGUACAAACACAAGGGCCAAUUGCCGAUCCAAGACGACCGGAGAAGAACGAGACCUCCUUAGCAAUCGUACCUAGGAAUCAUCCACUCCUAGCUAUACCUAACAUUGAAGCAGAGACAUCAGGGCUUCUGGAUAGAUUGCUCAACGUCUUCCACGAGAAUUCAAGCGAUCCGAUCUUGGUCAACGCAACCCUCAAUUCGAUCCCAGUCCUAAUUCGAACACGGCCAUCCAUCUCAAACAAGAUCAUAAAUGCUGUCCUCAACUUCAACCCGCUCAAGCAGGCAAAUGCGCCACUGACACCAACGACGAAAGUAAAUAUUAAGUCUAUGGAAAGGACGACGAGAGCUUUAUUGUUAAGUAUAAUUAAAAAGGCCCCUACUCACCCUCUAGCCGGACGUAUUCAACAAUACAUUGAGCGACUAGCACAGUCACACAAUGAGAUAUUCGAUGAAUCGUCACGGAAGCGUGCGCUACCUGCAGAACCAACCGAUGUAGUAGACAGCGCAAAGAGAGCAAGGCUAGGGCUCGAAACGCCACCUCAGCCUAAAUUUCCUCCACUUCCUCCAGGCCCUACAAGUUUCGGACAGCUGUUUACCCUUACAGAGGACGUCGGUUUAGCUUCGUUCGACGUAAAGCAGCUUCCGGUAGACUUGGUUUUGAAGAUCAUCAUCCCAGUACUAACUCGGGUAGGGGGUGAAUCCUUAGAUUUGGCUAUUGGCGCUGUCCGCUCUCGGUAUGAGACUAUCUGCAAGAAGCAAGUAUUUGAAAGACAAAAUCAGGCUGCCAGCGCACAGCCUGCUGCUGCUGAUGAAGAUGAUGACGAUUAUGAGCCAGAAUAUCAGCCCAUGGAUAUUCCUGGCCCGCCUACUGAUAUUGCCAAGCCCGAAGCACCUGCAACUGAGGCAUUACCAGAUAUAGUCUCACUAGGGCCAUUCGUAUUGCCGAGACCACCUCCUCUAUCCCCCGAGGAUGUGGAGCAUUUAGGCAAGGAAACGGUCAGCAGGAUAUUUUCAAUGAUAUCCACCCUCCCACAGUCUUCAAAAGCUGUAACCAACAACCCUUCUCAGUCCCUUGGAUUUGGGAGACUAGCCGCCAGUUCUUCGGACCGAGAGUCAUGGCUGACUCUACUUACGAGACUUGCUACCCGCUCAUCAGCUGGCCUUGAGAGCGAGGAAAGCGUCGAUAAUCAGAAAGUGCCCGGGAAGCAGAACAUUGCCAAUACCAUUCGCGGUAUGCUGUACCGCUACGUCCUGGAAGACUUUAGGGCCCGAAUGAACUUUGCCAUCUCCUGGAUGAAUGAAGAAUGGUAUAACGACCAGAUACAGCUGAAGAAUGCCAGCUCGCAGAUUGAAGGGGAUCCAAAGAACCCCUAUGUACCAAUCCAUUAUAGCCACUGGUCUUUAAAACUGCUGGAGGGUAUGCUGCCAUACCUCGAUGCCAAGGACAAAGUUCUCAUACGAUUCUUGAGUGAACUGCCUGAGCUGGACUUUCCCAUAAUCCAAAAGGUGAAGACCUUGGCAAACGACCCGGAGAGAGUCAACCUGUGUAUCCAGGCUUUGCACUAUCUUAUCAUCGUCCGGCCCCCAGCUAGACAACUCUGCUUAGAUGCAGUGGUUGACUUAUACCAGACAAUGGAGGAAACUCGUCCGCUUGCAACUAAGAUUCUCGUUAAUGGAAACCGGAAGUGCUUCCAGAACAAGCGAAACAGAUACCAACUCGGGAUCCCCGUCGGAACCCCAGCUCGGCCAACGCACGCCUGUGCCUCAAAAUGGAACCGCUCCUACUCCCAAAGCAGCGAACUCCGAUUCAAACAGCCCGGACUGGCAUAA